GGUGGAAUUGAGAGGCGAUGGCGAUGGCGAUGCGUAGCGAGGCCGGACGGCGGAGUCCCAGUCGCCCUGAUCGCUGUCAAGUUCCAUGGAAGAACAAGAGGAGGGAAGAAGCUUCAAAUGUGGAUGGAUUGCUAUGUGGGUGCUGCGAAUUUGGAGAAGGGAUCUCUUGGGCAGCGAGAGGAGAGGGAUUCGCGAGGAGGGUCGCUUCGUUUUUCAUCCGGGAGACCCGGGGAUUGCUGUUCCAGCGCCUGCCGUACGAGUGGUUUCGCACGGGCCCCAACACGAAAGUGUACGGAUGCCGAUCUAAACGUUGGAAGUGUGAAUCAACGGAGCGCGAUGGAGAAGGAGUGGUCACCCACCGUUGAUUUUUUUUUAGGGUUCUUCGUGAUGCUUCACCGGCUAUGGCGACUUGUGGAUCCCUUCGCGGUGCGGCAGCAGCGCCUCUUGCGAUCGUUCGCUAGCAGCGCCAUAGCAGCUCCCAGGAUUGUAAAUGCGAGUCGCGGCGGCUUGGUUUGGAGCCGUCCGGCGCGGCUUCCACCUGUUCUUGCGGGAAUCCAAUGCCGCUUCGGUGCCACGAAAUCUUGCAAGAAGAGGCCGCAGAAGAAGGACAAGAUGAAAUCCUACUCAUCGCUCAAGCAUCGAUUCAAGCUGAUGCCGGACGGGACCUACGCACGAGCUCAUGCAGGGAAGCGCCACAAUGCCUCCUCCAAGACGAAGAAGCAGCGUCGCCAGUUGCGAGGAGCAGCGCUGGUCCAUCCCGGCUACGCCAAGAUCAUCCGAAAGCUCGGCUUCACUGGAACUUCGUCUUAGGUGGUGUUCUUCCUUUCCAGUUUCCACAAGAGCAUGAGCACUUUCCCUGUGCAUUUUUUCUUCCUCUCUCCAGGAAUCCAAGAACGAAACAAAAUGGGGUGUUAGAUCUUGUUAUUGGGUGCCAGAAUCUCACAGAAGUUUCUCUGGCAGGGAGACCAGAUCAGCUGGAGAUCAGUGGUGGACAGCAUGGAGUUGAGGGAGGAAAGGUGGAAGAACAAGACCCAGAAGAACUAGAAUCCCGAGGCUGGAAAGCAGUAAUUCUCGUCGUGGAGGAGCUCCGGAGUAGUAUCCGCCAGGGCCACUGUUAUAGCCGCGCUGGAUCUUGAUGUAGGCGGAGAUGGUGUCGUGGGCAUUGACGGGAAGAAGCUGGAUGGAUUGGACGGGGAUGUAGUCGUGGUACUGGUAGCAAGAAUCCUUCGGGACAUCGUAGACGAUGCCAGAGCAGGAACAAUCCGCGGUGCAAGAGUCGAGACAGUCGUCCAGAGUAGCAUAGCUCGGGGACCGGUUGGAGAGAUUGAAGUAGGGGACAUAGCCGAUGUGCAAGUAGCUGAAGGCGCGAUAGUUGUCGAAGAUGCACGAGUAGUUGUGAUCCCAGCGCUCGAAUUCCAGCGCCGGCAAAUCCCCGGCCGCGAGCUCCUGGACUGGAAUCGGUGCUACCGCCGCCGCUGCUGGUGAUUGAGAGGAGGAGAGGAGAGCCAGGAGGAAGGGAAGCGAGCAGCACCACGAACACAUCGAUCUAAACAUUGGUGAGUAGCUUCACUAUUUCCUAGGAGAACUCGCUCUAGUUCUUGUGAUCCUUUAUCACCCAACUUACUCGUCUUCUCCUUCCUCUUCCAGAGCCUCCUCGCUCGCAACGGGAAAGAGAAUGGAAUGAAAGGCAAGCGGUGUAGUGUAGAUAAUUGGACACUUGCCGUGGCAUAGCAGAGGUUUUUUUUUUUUUUUCUUUCUUUCUUUCUCUCCUCGGGUGCUUAUUUAUCUGUCGCUUUUGUUUAUGCUUUCUCCUGUGCUAUAUCUCAGGGCCGUGAAAUCGACUUCCAUGUCUGAGAGCUUUUCUACCUUUUUACGUUUGGAGUUAUGCAAAGGAAGGACUUUCGCUGGCCUGGUGUGCUGCUGUGGACGGCUGCUUCCACCUAAAUGCCGAGAAAGGGAUAUUCUUGAUGCGGCCGCGAAUAUUUUCCUUUGUGUGUUCUUUUCUCCAUUCAUGGUGGAUUCGUCCAGCCACCAAAAUGGUGUUGUUUAAGUGCGGUUAAGGCUGGAAAGAAACGCUAGAUUUGUCACCUCAAUGGACGAGGAAUCUUCUGGGAA